ACGUUGUCAGCUGGUCAUAUGAUCGACAAGCUAAAAAGUGGGCGAGUCUAGGCAGAUCGCCCGAGUGUCUUUUACGUCAAGUCCCGUAUUCCCCUGAAUUUUUUCUUACCGCGCGUAACAGUACCACGAUUUGUUGAUUCAAUUUCGAUAGUGAGUCAAAAAACUAAUAACCAAGAUGAACGGGUGUAUGUUCAACAUCGAUGGGGGAUACCUGGAGGGACUUUGCCGUGGGUUUAAAUGCGGAAUCCUCCAACAGAGCGACUAUCUAAAUCUGAUUCAAUGUGAAACCCUGGAGGAUUUGAAGCUGCAUUUAGCUGGCACCGACUACGGUAGCUUCCUUGCAAAUGAGCCGUCACCGCUCUCGGUCAGCGUUAUUGAUGACAAGUUACGUGAAAAGUUGGUCGUCGAGUUCCAACAUCUGAGAAAUCACUCCUGCCAGCCUCUUUCAACCUUUUUGGAUUUCAUUACCUAUAGUUACAUGAUUGACAAUAUCAUUCUGUUAAUUACUGGGACACUUCAUCAGAGACCAAUAUCAGAGUUGAUUCCUAAAUGUCAUCCAUUGGGAAGUUUCGAGCAAAUGGAAGCUAUACAUGUAGCAGCAACUCCAGCUGAACUAUACAAUGCUGUUCUUGUUGACACGCCACUCGCCCCAUUCUUUGUUGACUGCAUCUCAGAGCAGGAUCUUGAUGAGAUGAAUAUUGAAAUCAUCAGGAAUACCUUGUACAAAGCUUAUCUUGAGGCAUUUUACAAGUUCUGCCUUGCCAUUGGUGGCACUACUGCCGAUACCAUGUGCGAAAUCUUGGCGUUCGAAGCCGAUCGCCGAGCCAUCAUCAUAACGAUCAACUCGUUUGGCACUGAAUUGGGAAAAGACGAUCGUGCGAAGUUGUAUCCCCGUUGUGGCCGUUUGAAUCCAGAUGGCUUGGCUGCAUUGGCUCGAGCCGACGACUAUGAACAGGUCAAGGCUGUAGCAGAAUACUAUGCGGAGUAUAGUGCUCUUUUCGAGGGCGCUGGAAACAACCCAGGAGACAAGACUCUGGAAGAUAAGUUCUUUGAGCACGAGGUUCGAUUGAACAUGCAUGCGUUCCUACAGCAAUUCCACUUCGGGGUAUUCUACAGCUACUUGAAACUAAAGGAGCAAGAGUGCCGUAACAUCGUAUGGAUAUCGGAGUGUGUUGCGCAAAAACAUCGUGCCAAGAUCGACAACUACAUCCCGAUUUUUUAAUCAAUCUCUCAUCGCUCCGGGUCAAUGCUCUAUUAUAUCCCAUGUAUCGGUAUCACUGCGUAAUAUUAUUCAUCCGAUCGAUGGAAUUGCGGCAGAUUGACCAAUGUUUCACUCCAGUAUCAACUUUCGAGUUAGCUUAGAAUCCGUCAACCCAGCUUGCAGCACCGUGUUCCGAUCCCGGGGCGACUCAAGGAGCCGCGAGCCCGUUGUACGAAUCAACUGUCAUUUCAUCCCCAACAAAAUUAUUUUGGAAUUAUUUACGGGCGCCCCGGUUCACAUCAACAAAUGUUUACUCCAGCAUAGAAUUAUUUCAUGUAUAUAGUGUAUUUUAUGGUAGCCUUCAGCAUAAACCAAUUUACUUACCGUUGUUUGUACAUCCAUGCAUACAUACAGGUAUAGAUUACGUACCCACGGUAUUAUUUCGCGGUGUGAUUGUUAAUUUAAUGACUACAUAUUGUAUAAAAAAUCGUAAGUAAUAAAGUUAUAACGCAUUCCACGUCAA